CACACUUUCUCAUACAAAACCAACAACCACAAGAAAAGCACAAAGCCUUAAAAAAAACUCCUAUUAAUUCCCUUCACUUCUAUCACUUACCACAAAACACACAACAAAAAAUCACUACUUCUCUUAUGCUUAUCGAUCUUUGAUCUUUCGAAAAAAAAGAGUGAAAAUGAGGACUAAUGUUAGUUUUCAACAGGCACUAACUGUUGAAUCUUCAAGUAUAGUGAAACAAGCAUUGAACUUAGCUAAAAGAAGAGGACAUUCACAUGUAACUCCUCUUCAUGUAGCAAGUGCAUUGUUAGUUUCCUCUUCGUCUACGCUUUUAAGAAAAGCUUGUUUUCAAACAAAUUCUCAUCCAAUUCAGUACAAAGCUCUUGAACUUUGCUUCAAUGUAGCACUCAAUAGGCUUCCUACCUCUGCAUCUAAUCCGAUUCUCGAGCCUCAUGUUCACCCUCCUUUUCUUUCUAAUGCCUUAAAUGCUGCAUUUAAGAGGGCACAAGCCUAUCAACGUCGUGGUUCAGUAGAGAAUCAGCAACAACAGCAGCACCUCAAAGUAGAAAUUGACCAGCUUGUUAUUUCAAUUCUUGAUGAUCCUAGUGUUAGCAGAGUUAUGAGUGAAGCUGGUUUUUCUAGCAUCCAACUAAAAACCAAUGUAGAACACGCUAUUUCCUCCGAUAAUAGCACAAAACCGAUUGUCAUUGCAUCAGGAAAUAACCUUCUUUGCAAAUCAGGUGAUGAUUCAAGUGUUAGCCGAGUCAUGAGGGAAACCGGUUUUUCUAACAUACAACUAAAAACCAAUGUAGAACACGUUGUUUCUUCGGAGGUUUCUUGGAAAGAUAGUUCAAAAUCGAUGGUUAUACCACCAGGCGAUAACCUUAAACUGUCACUAGGUAAGUCAAGUGAUGAUCAAAUCAAGAAUGAUGAUGUGAUGAGUGUUAUAGACACAAUGAUGAACAAGAAGAGGAGAAACACAGUUAUUGUAGCAGAGUGUUUAGCCAAUGCUGAAGGGGUUGUUAGAGGAGUUGUCGAUAAGUUCGAUAAAGGAGAAGUAUCAUCACACAUGAAACAUGUUCAGUUCAUAAGUGUUCCACUUUCUACACUGAGAAAUGUCUCGAAAGAAGAGUUCGAGACCAAGAUUAGAGAGCUAAGAAUUUUGCUAAAAAGGUAUAUACACAGAGGAGUUGUUUUAUACUUAGGUGAUCUUGAAUGGAUAUCUGAGUUUUGGACUAAAGUACACAAUGAGCAGAAAAACAACUACAUGAUAUUGGAGCUUACUCGAUUGUUAUGUGGCGAAAUGAGUGAAAACAGAAGGCUAUGGCUUAUGGGAAUUGCUAGUUUUUCGACUUACACGAAAUGUAAAACUGGAUAUCCUUCUCUACAGACUCUUUGGGAUCUUCAUCCUCUUACACUUCCAGUUGUCAGCUUGGAUCUCAGCCUUAACCUUGAGAGUUCUGUACACAAACAUGAUCAUAGCUUUAUAGAGAAAGGCUUUUUAAGUCCAUCUUCAUCAUCUCCUUGUUCCUCUACUUCGAUAUCGAAGAAAGAACAUCAGUUCUUGAAUACAAAGCCUGAACUUCUAUCGAAUCCCAAUUCGAUUCCUAAUUCAGCUUCAUCAAGUGAAACAAGUGGACAUAUUGACAACUUAGAGCUAUGUUGCUCUGACUCUCCAGAACUGUUGCUGCACUCGUGUCAGAUCCUUCAGAAAUGCACAUACUCGUCAACAUUUUUGAACAGUUCGAGCAACGUGAAGAUUGUUUGCAAGGCAUUGGAGGAAAAAGUUCCAUGGCAAAAAGAUAUCAUUCAUGAUAUAGUAAGCACUAUUCUUGAAUGUAGACACAAAAAGGAAGAAACUUGGCUUUUGUUCUUAGGUGUUGAUACUCAUGGCAAAGAGAAAAUAUCAAAGGAGUUAGCUAAAGUAAUCUUUGGCUCUCAAGAUUGUUACAUUUCCAUUGGAUUAAGUACAUUUUCAUCAUCAACAAGAAUAGAUUCAACUGAUCAAGAAGUCAAUAACAAAAGAUCUCGCGACGAGCAAGGUCGGAGUUAUCUCGAGAGAUUUACAAAUGCAAUUCAAGAAAAUCCAAGGAGAGUGUUCUUCAUGGAAGAUAUGGAUCAAGUUGAUUAUUUUUCACAAAAGGGUAUUCAAAAAGCUAUUGAAAGUGGAAAAUUAGCACUUCCUAAUGGUGAUUUAGUGUUAAUUAAAGAUUCUAUAAUCAUUUUUAGCUGUGAAGAGUACUUUAGUUCAAUUUCAAGAACAUGUUUUCCUACAAAUAUUACUGAAGAAAAUAAUGGUUCAUUGGAUUUGAAUUUUGUGUAUGAUUUUGGGAUUUUUGAGGCAGUGGAUAAACAAAUCAUGUUUAAUAUUUAAUUAUUAAUGUAAG